GAGCUAAAAACCGUAGAACGAACGAUUACGCUGGAGCACAAGUGAUCCUCUGUUAUCUUCAAUCUAUCUCAAACUCAAAACACACUUUCUCAAUUCCUUUUUGCAACAUCCACCGUCUUUGCUUGGGGUUUUGAUUACUCAUGGCUGCCCAAACCCAUGUGUUUACCGGUUUAGCUUUAGCUUCAACUCCUUCGUCUUCAUUUCAACCCUCUUCUUCCAAGCCCGCUACCCUCUGUGUCGCCUCAAAGCUCUUAAGAACCUCCUUCCUUAAUGGCGGAGGGAACACUCUACAAAUUACACGGAUGAAUUCCUUACAUUUAGAUCGGUCUCAUGGCUCUAGACGUGGAGGUGCUCUUGGUGCUCGCAUGAACCUUUUUGACCGUGUUGCAAGGCUUGUAAAGUCAUAUGCAAAUGCACUUGUUAGUUCCUUUGAGGAUCCUGAGAAAAUCCUGGAGCAGACAGUGCUUGAAAUGAAUGAUGAUCUGACAAAGAUGCGUCAAGCUACAGCACAGGUGCUAGCUUCUCAAAAGCGCUUGGAAAACAAGUAUAAAUCUGCACAGCAAGCUGCUGAUGAUUGGUACCGCAAGGCACAAUUAGCUCUACAAAAAGGAGAUGAUGAUCUUGCUCGGGAAGCUUUAAAGAGGCGCAAAUCAUAUGCUGAUAAUGCAAAUGCUUUGAAAGCUCAACUUGAUCAACAAAAGGGCGUUGUGGAAAAUCUUGUUUCUAAUACACGGCUUUUAGAGAGCAAAAUACAAGAGGCGAGGUCAAAGAAAGACACACUGAAAGCGCGUGCUCAGUCUGCAAAGACCGCAACCAAAGUGAGCGAAAUGUUGGGGAAUGUUAACACAAGUAGUGCUCUCUCUGCUUUUGAGAAGAUGGAAGAGAAAGUUUUGGCAAUGGAGUCUCAAGCAGAAGCUCUUGGACAGUUAACAACUGAUGAUCUUGAAGGAAAGUUUGCUCUGUUGGAAGGCUCAUCCGUUGAUGAUGAGCUAGCAAACUUGAAGAAAGAGUUAUCUGGAAGCUCAAAGAAAGGAGAACUUCCACCAGGAAGAACAGUUUCUGGCAGCGCAUUUCCAGUUCGUGAUGCUGAGAUCGAGUCAGAACUCAAUGAACUGAGGCAAAGAGCAAGAGAAUUGUAGGGGUAUGCCUAAUCAUUAGAAUCUUUAAUGUCCAAAAUUUCAAUUUGAGCAACUGACAUCAUUCCAUAUUAGAAUUACAUUGUACAGGAAGAAAAGUAUCCAAACAGAUCAACAAUUGUAUAGCUAAACACCAACUUGAAAGAGAGUAAUUUUUGGAGUGAGAGUGCAAUAACUUGUAUUGCAAAAUCUGUUUAGGUCAUAUAUAUUGAUGAAUCUGUGAGGAUCAAAUGUUGUUUGUAAGUUAAAAUACACAACUUUUGGAACAUAGAUCAUUUUUUUUGGGCUAUCUAUUUGCUGUUUUCCCCACCAACUUUCUGUAAUUUGCAGAAAAACUGAUUGGGAUCUUUUGCAUCAUAUAUAAUUAAAAUUUGUGUUUAAGGAC